CCUAAAGAAAGCAAUUCUGUUUGGUAUUAAUGGAUAUAUUCCAUCAGUACAACUAUGCAUCAGAAAUGAAAAUGCCCCCAGAUGUUAUUAUGCUUGUUUAGACAACAUGCAAAUAAAACACAUGUGACUGGUCCAUCAGAAAAAAAAAGAGCUGGAUCCCUAAUGGAGAGCUGCUGUCAAAUGAGAACCUCCAGGAAAGCCAUAGACUCAACUUUACCUUUAAAUUAGUUCACUGAAACAGCCUGUUGCAAUUUUGUAAUACAAAGACCAUGUUAGCUGCAGGUAAAAGGAUUUCUGCGUUCCCAAGCUACAAAAAAAUCUUUCCUUAAAUUUUAUAUUUAAUUUAUCUUAGUUUUGGUCUAAUCAGCAAUUAAAUUUGAAAGAGGAUCCCUAAAGAGAACAUGCCAGUUGAAAAUAUGCAUAAUAACAAGGAGAAGAAUGCUAAGCUUCGGGAGUAAGAAGUUAAUUUGUAUCUUAGGAACAAUAUUAACAUACAGGUCAAAUGUCAAAUGAAAUGGGUCGUAAAGAAACACGUUACUUACAGACUUUAAAUUGUGAUUCAAUGGCCCAGCAAAACAUGAAAAUGAGACCAGUGCUCCUAAAAAGGAACAGUCUGGACUCAGCAGAUUUUCUGAGGCACCCCCAGCACCGCAGGACCAAAUCCCAGCAGGUGCGCUUCAAGGAUGAUGGUGUCAGCACCAAGGCAGAGCUGGAGGCUAAUCCUGCCCCACACACAGCACUCACUACUGGCAAAACAGAAAUAUUUAGGGAUCACAAUUUUUUGCUAACUCAGUCUCCAACUUUUCCAAGGGCUCACAAGGGGCUUCGGAAUAUUGCCAUACAAACUUCUCCCAGCCUCAGGAAACACUUCCCUGUUUUUAAAAGGAAAAAGCUGACAGUAAGCAAAUCACUGACAGAAAUGCCAGCAGAGCCUGCAAACUCUAUCCAGGUAAAUGGCAACAUUUGUGAACCAGACAUUCUGUCCUCAGAGCUCUGCUACUUGAGGAUAAGUCAUCACUUGGAGGAUGGAUGCAGGAACAGUGAGGUGGGCUUGGGUCAGAGAUCAUCAAAAGCACAAAGCAAUGGACCGAGGUACUCGGGGGAUUUCUCAGAAUCAGACAAGACAACUGCGUCCACACAGGUGCCUGAAUACAUUCAUGUGAGUUUCCCACAAGACAGAAACGUUCCCCUGGAUGCACCAGACACAACCACAGCUUCAAGUAAUUCACUGCAUGCUUCUACUGUCAUCAACAGCCACGAAAGUCAUGAAAACAGCACACUGUCAUCUGAUUCUGACAGAGCAGAGCCUUGCCUGAGCAACUCUGGGAACUGCAGUGAAUGUACCCCCCCCUCUGCUGCUCCUGAAGAGCAGAAAAGUGAUUCUGAGCUGCCUGCAGCCAGCAGAGAUGCCAGCAGUAAGGAAGCUACUCCACUGUCGCCCCCAUCAAACCACAGCUCAUCUCCUUGUUUCCUCAGAGAGUGUCACCAGGCAGGAGAGCACAAGCCAGGUUCCAGCUGUGUGACAAUCCCAAGUGAUGAUCACCCACCAGUGUCAGUGCCCAGCAGCAAUGCAUCAAAUCCAUGUAACACUGAAAUCCAGAACAAUUCCACCCAGUCAGAUGUUUCCCAGUGUAACAGCUGUGCAGGAGGAUUUCACACAAAGUCUUAUCCGCCAAGGAAUGAAGUAAACCCGCAAAGCAACAAAGAGAUUAAUGAAAUCAAUCAAAUUCACUUGGCACAUGGAGAACUCUGUGCCCUACAAGGCAGGCUGCAGUCUGUAGAGGAAUCCUUGCAGUCCAACCAGGAGAAGAUUAAAGUCCUUUUGAAUGUAAUCCAAGACCUGGAAAAAUCCAGAGCCCUCAGUGAAGGGAGGAACUUCUACCACACUGGGCAGGACCUCAACAACUGCAGCACCUGCCAGAACACGGCGUGCAUCAUCUACAGUGUAGAAUAUGACUUCAGACAACAAGAAGGAAGAUUUCAUCAGAUUUUGAAAACACUGGACAAUGCAGAGCAAAAUGCAGCUUCAGCUUCACCUCAGAAGCCACCACCUGAUCCUCCAGCUCCCGAGAAAAAGGAGUUAAGGAGAAAGACAAAAAAGGUGAAAAGAAAAUGCUUCUGGUGGAUUUGACUUCCUCAUGCAUCCUUUUACAUUUCAAAAGACACUAAAACAGAA